AAGUAAAAUAAGGACAUUCAAGGAAGAGAAAGGUGUAAUGGCGCCUCUUUCUUUGCUACUGCUUUUGGUUUCUUUGACAGCGUUCGUCCCCACAAAUGGAGUGUCUGCCACAGACGGUGAUCGAAUCUCUCAUUUAGAGGAUGUGAUAAAGACAAUGCUAGAGGUGCAAGAGAAGGAAAAACACGAAAAUACUCUUCAAAAUAAAAGGAUAUGGAAUCUUGAGAAAACAAUAACAAGAUACGAGGAAGAGAAUAAGAAGUUAAAGACUGAAAAUGAGGACCUGAAAAGCAAUCUCAAUAAGAUGGAAAUAUCAGUUAAAAAGAUGGAUGCCCUUGUGAAGAGACUGCAAAAAGAGAACCUCAUUUUGGUGAAAAAAAUUAAAUCUAACUCUAAAUUAAUUAACUAUAUUCAAUUUAGAAUCUUGCAUUUUAACAACGAAGGACUUGAGAAUUCUAUGCAGCCUGAGAGGACGGUAUCUGUAAAAGUUGAAAAUUCAGAAGAUUCGCCAAAAUUGAAUGAGUCUGAAGUGGAAUCAAAAUCAUUGGUAUCAUCUCGCAAACGACUUUUGACUGGUAUACCUACAACUCCUCAACCUAAUGGCGUUGCAUUCUCUGUGUAUUUAAAACCACACGAAACCCAUUUAAUCAGACAAUCUUGUUUGAUGGCAUCUUGACGAACAUUGGAAAUCAUUACAAUCCACACACCGGGGCCUUUACAGCACCCGUACACGGGGUCUACGUUUUUACGUUUUUUGGAAUCUAUAUUGUCGUUCAAAUGAAGGACGCAUUUUCUCUGAAAUUGCUGUAAAUUCCAACCCAAUAGGUAGCAUGUACACUUCUAGUGAAGGUGCUACAGAUAUCCGGACAACCACGGGAAUCGUUGUUGCUGAAGUAAAUAAGUGUGAUAUUGUGCUGGUUCGCACUCAUUCCAGUAAUAGUCAUUUCGGAAGUCUUUAUAGUUCUCCAGAUUGGAAAUCGACCUUUAAUGGAUGGUUACUAUUUUGAAACCAAAAAAUUAGUCUUAUGAAGA